AUGGACGUGGAAUGUCAAUGCGGCACAGUUACAUUCAAGACUCCAGCACCUGAGCCCCUCGAUAUCUACUGCUGCCACUGCUCGCAAUGCCGCAAGCAAUCUGCUUCAGCAUUUGGUACCUCGGCAAUCUUCCCCGCUGAUGGCCUCUUCCCGCUCUCGGAUGAUCUUGAGUCGAAGCUCCAGGUCUGGACUCGUCCCACAAAGAGCGGCGGGCACAUGGACUGCUUUUUCUGCCGGCUAUGCGGGAGCCGGGUCUUUCAUCGCACUUACGAUGAGAAUGGAGUACCCAAAACAACAGUCAGCAUCAAAGGGGGACUGAUCUUGGGACUCAAGAUGGACAGGGGAAAGCAUAUCUGGACGAGCAGCGCGGUCGUGAGAAUUCCUGACGAUGCAGAGAGGUACAAAGAAUCACCGCCUGCGACGCCCGACAGUGGCAAGGAUUGA